UCAAAAUGGAUGAAAAAGUUACAAAUAAAUGUUUUUAAACUGUGCCAAACAGAUUAACCUUUUUAUUUUAAUUCAGCAGAAAACAUACAUAACUGGUAACUUUUAAAAUAUCUGUUUGCGUGUGUAGGUCUUAAUUUUCCCGUCAAUGAAUGAUGAGGAGUAAAAGAUUGAUCUGUUUUUUUGUAUUUCUUCAACUGUUUAACAAAAUAAAGCAUAAAAAUAUAAUUGAGCCACAAGAUGGGCAAGCAGUUGUUGCGGCGACCAAGGGCCCCUAAGCCACUUCCGCCAGUACAUGACACCCCAGCACCAAGCACAAUAGCUGCAAACAGCAAGCUCAAUGAUUACUUUGACUCAAUUGACUUCAACAUCGAUGAAGAUGGACAAUAUAGGUCAAGGGAAGCCACAACAACCAGACACUCUCCCACACCAAGUGUUGUGCCCAGUUUGGUGUCCCCACCCCCCUCCGAGUCCAUGCACAGGAAGUCAGUGUUUAGGUCUCUCACCUACCCUACUCCACAGAGUAGAGUCUCAUUCCUCAGUAAGGAUGAAAAGAAAUUUAUGCUAGAUCCAUUGUACCGGGACCAUACAAGUUUGGGAACUUAUGUUGACGGGAAAUCGUUAGUGAAGCCAUAUAAACCCAGAGGUCCAGAUGGCUUGCCGACGAGAUUGCCAAGAAAGAAUCCUGAAAUCACUCAUGCAAUUGACUUGGUGGAUGACAUAAGAUUUUACAGACCUCCAGCAUUUACAUUAGAAAACUUUGUGAUAAAGUUGGCAGACAUUCGUGGGAUACCAUUAAAGAAAGUGCGAUCUAUGGUAUAUUCUCAAGCCAAUUAUAAAAAGCUGACAAAAAUGAUUGCAGAUGAAUUUAUUAACCCAACAAAUCAUGAAAUACAUCUGCAGCAUUUAACACCAGAGGGUCAGGAGAUCCCUGCUGCAGAACCUAGAAUUCCUCAGAGACAGCUGCUGAUUGAGAUGGCAUCGAUGAUCAAGUUACAUGUGCGCAGCAUCAUGAACACGGAGGUGAAAUCCGUCAUUCGGGCCCUGCCCAAAUACACACCCGGGCAAACUGUUGGCCAGGCCCCCCACACAGAGAUUAUCCUUGUUGAGGAUGAUACCGUGGAGAUAACCAGUCAGAACCAGGUUGUCAAACAAGAGACGGAGCUGCCAGCCUCAGAUGCCAUGUUCCACUCAGCCAGAACCAAGUACUUCCAGGGCUCCGGGCGCAGCCAGUCACCUUUCAGGUCACAGGAAGAUGGCAUGAUAACCCCCUCGGAGGUCGCUAUUCUCGACUCACUCAUUCAAGGGGGAAGGGCUCUUAGUCUUAAGGCCCAUUUCAUCACGGAGAUGCCAGAUAUUUCUCCACUUGUCAGAAACCUGGUGUAUCUUAACCUCUCCUUCAAUGACUUCACCACAUUCCCAGCCCCCGUGCUAGAGAUUUCUCAGCUGGAGAUACUGAAGCUACGUAACAACCCGUUGACUGACCUGCCGGCAGAUAUACACCGUCUCAAAAACCUCCGGACACUCGUUGUCUCAUUCUGUUUGAUCCAGUCAUUACCCAUUAGGUUGUUUACCUUGGAGCAUUUAGAAUUCCUUGAUGUGUCCUACAACAGAAUCACCUUCAUACAGAAUGAAAUCUCCCAACUGCAGUCCUUGCGUGAGUUGAACAUGGAGGGAAACCAAUUAUCCGCCAUGCCAUCUGGUGCCCUGCGUCUGGACCUGGACAGGCUUAAUGUGAAAAACAACUUCAUGCACCCGCUAUUCUGGCAAGAGAACACACACAAUGAACCUCAGCGACUUGCGGACAUGACGCUGUUAACAAUAGCGAAAUCUGACCUUGGCCAGCAUCCAGGCAUGCUUCCUGAGAGUAUACAGAGAUUGUUUGCAAACCGAGUGCAGUGUGACUGCUGUAGUGGGUUUAGGUUCGGCCCGGGGCUGAGGAUUAUCCGACCCGUCACUCAGCUAUUCGGCAUAAAGAAUCUGCCGUUUAUGUUCCACGCCUGCUCUCCAAAGUGCCUAAGAGACUUCCGCAGUAGCAAGGAUACUCUCUCUGAUAUUCUCUAUGGGAAAGAGACCAUAGAAUAAAUGGGCAACAGGGCAUCACCAAAUAUAUUGCAUGUUACUACUAUUGUACUUAUUACUACUAUAUACCAGUAAAAAAGUACAUGUAUAUUGAUCCUUAAAAGUAUCAUGCAAAAUUAUACCACGAGUGCUGCCAUUCUGAUAUUGGUCAAAGGAAACAAUGACAUCAAAUUUUGCGAUUGUGUCCAAUAGAAUGUGAGACCGAACUGCUGUUGAAAAGUUCAGAAAAAGGAUGAAUAUAUGACAUGCAGCCAUUGAAUGGGAUGAACGUGUCAAAGUUUAGUUACUGUCUUCAGGUACUGGCAUAACAGUUUAUACACAUAUAUUGUUUAAAGUGUGAUAUUUAAUUGAAUUAAAUGUAAGAUUUAGUGUUUAACAUUUUCAGAAACUAUUAAAAAUGACAUAUGGUCAUAGAAUGGACUUACCAUUUGCUUUAUGAGAAAAAAAUAUCGGGGAAAAGGCAUAAGUUAAUGUUCAAUGAGGAUUAAAGGCUGAUAUAAAAGACUUUAGGGGUUGCAGUUCUGUUUGAAUGGUUUAUUUUUGGGCUGUCCAGUUUGAUUAUAUAAUUAUGACACAAUGUUAUAACUCCAUAGAGAUAUUUUUGUGGCUAAAUCUAAAUAUAUAUAUAUGUUUUUUUAAUUGUAAAACAUUAAAUAAAAGUGAAAUAUUAUUCCAUAUUCUUUCUCUUCUGUUUUCAUUUAAUAUACUGAAUUUAAAUGAAUAUAUUUCUGAUGAUUCAGAUAAAAGCUUGUUGUCAUAUAUUUCUUUCUAAUUUGUUUUAACUUGAUAAAGGAGUUUAUGAAUUAUUAAUGUAAACACAUCACAUAUCAAGCUGAUCUUCAAUUUUAUGAAAAAAAACUAUUUUUCUUUUGUUGCUCUUUUUACAACCCAAUAUUUUUUAUCUUUGCUUAUUUGACACCAAUGUAAAAAUACUGAUAGUUAUGUUUGAAUGUAAAAAUAAAGGACAUUUUUACACUCAGUUAAAGUUGGGUGUAAUUAUUUAGUCUCUUAAUUGAAUAUUUAGAGAUUUUAAUUGUUUUAAGAUAAAAAGCGAUAUAACUCUGUAGUAAUGUAGCUUUAUCCCGAUUCUAGCACAUUUGAAUGUCACUGUGACCAUAUAACUGAAUUCUCUGAUAAUUGCUUAAACCAGAACACCAGCACUUAGAUACAUCCUUUAUGAUUGUACACGUUUUCCAAGCUGAUACAAUUUAAUCAUUAAUUGGCAUCAGUGACAGGCGUCCGAGGAGUGUACCAUGUUUGAUAAUAUUAUAAUAAUGUUUUUUUAUUGCUAUUGAGUAUUCUUUUGAUUUUUAUUUGCACUAGUAUUUGAAUGAACUAUCUCUAAUUCGAAGCAUUGAAAUAGGGUCGAAACCUGUUGGCUCGAACUCGCUUGGCUCGAUUUCCUAGUUGACUCGCACUGUAUGUAAAGGACCGAUUUCUUUAUAUUGAAGGUAAGCAUUCCCGCUUGGCUCGAUUUCCUAGUUGACUCGCACUGUAUGUAAAGGACCGAUUUCUUUAUAUUGAAGGUAAGCAUUCCCGCUUGGCUCGAUUUCCUAGUUGACUCGAACUGUAUGUAAAAGACCGACUUCCUUAUAUUAAAGGUAAGCAUUCCCGCUUGGCUCGAUUUUGCCGAGGCUUGAGGUAUUUUUGCGGGUCCCUGGGACUUCAAGCCAACGGGGUUCGACUGUAUUAUUAAAUUAUACUUAGGGUAAAGUGGUAAAAUGUAGCAAAUCCAUUUCUUGUAUAUUAAUUAGUAAUUUGCAUGUGUUAUAUUAUCACAGAAUACAUGUUAGAGGGGUUGUAAUGUAAUUUCUCAGAUUUUUAAGCAUUUUUCAAAACUUUUGCAUUACAGAUCUAAGUUUGAUUACACUAUUUUAGCAUUAUUCAUUAAGUAUAUAUUUUGACUGUGUUAUUUUGUUAAGAUGUUUUUCUGUUAUACAUGUAUACAUAUUUGACUAGUGAAAAUAAACAUUGAAAUUAGUGAACAUCUUUUGUUCACCAACAUCAAACAAAACUAAUGAAAUUGAAACAAAAAAAAGUAUACCAGGUUCACAUGUUUUAUGACUUUUUGAAUUAUACAGUAUCAUUUCACAGUUGAACUUGUUUGAUAA